UUUUGAAUGUUUUGAAUCUCCUCGGCAGCGGCGUAAACUUCCAGCUACAUUCCAAAGUUGACAUCGCUAAUCGAGGAACCAUGACGAGCCUCAGGCCAUUCAACACUUCCACUAAGGAGUCACAUUCCUUAAAACUAAGAAAUUCUCAGCUGUCUUCCAAGGAAAGUGAACGUCUUGAUACUGAUAAUAUGAAGAUGGAGCAGCGUCUUAAAGAGUUGAAGCUUACCAUGGGCAGACAGAAACAAGAGAGAGAUAGUAUGCAUUCCAAUGGAGUUAUUUGGUCAUCAGGAAAGCCAGGUGCCAUCACAACGCAUGGAUCAGAUCUAAUGAGGAAAGAACCAAGUAAACCAUCAAACUCGAAGGGAAAGCCAAGGAAGAUCCGAGUACUUAAAGAUACACCUAUCGAAGUUCCAAAACGUCCAAGCUUAGCAGCUUCGCUCAGUAAGAGGAGUCCCCCUAAACUGAAAGGUCCUGCAUGUGGACAGUGUGAAGAGAAAGUUGUCGCUUUGACAUGUAUGGAAUGUGGUGAGAAUUACUGCACUUCAUGUUUUGCCAAGUUUCAUCUUAAAGGCGCACUGAAGAACCAUCGCUCUUUACCGUACCAGAGCAACAGUUCUUCCAAUUCAAGUUCUCUUGAUUCGAAUAAUGGAAUGACAUCAUCUCCAAAGAGCUCUGUAGAGGGACUUCCUCCAAGACCAUCUAGCGCUAGUAGAAGGACCACAACAUCAACUGAUACAUCAAAUGAAGAUGGAAUCAAAACAGUUCCUGUUACCAUCAAGGAUCCAAGCGAGAGGACAGGUGGAUUAUUCUUUGAAGGAAACUUCAGUGAAGAAGAAAGUGCUUUGUCUUUUGCUCAGGCUUUGGCUGAAUGGAGAGCAGGCAAAGAUGCGGACUCAUCGGCACCAUCGCAAACUAAAGAUCUUAAGAAAGUAGAGAGCGCUACGAGUGGCACUUCUACAGAACCUCAACCCAUGGAACAAGUAGAGAUCCAAUUUAGGAAGGACACGUCCAUUACAUAUGCAGAUAAGUUACUGAUUAAGAAACAUCGACGGACUGAGCUGUCACCAAUGUCAUCACCUCGGGAAGAGACGGGCGGAUCGUCAUCCAGACAGGAAGGAACGCUGCCAUUGACCAAUGGACAGAUUGGUGCUGAAAGUGAUGAUGAGAAUGAGUUACAGGAAGAACACAAGCGUUACGCUGGUAUCUUUGCUCAAUCUAAAUCAUCAGAUGAACCUAGGUUGGAGAGCGCGCUCUCUAUAGUGGACGUCACUGAGGCAUCCGAUACAUACAUUGCUGAAAUGGAAUCUUCGUAUAACAUCCAGGAAGUACGUGAACCUGAUAGUGAUAUGAUAACAACGAGCAAUCCGCACAUUCAAGAAGCCUCACUGGUACCUCCAGCCUCUGAACCCUCCCUCAAGGAAAAAUCUGACGACCCCUCUACGACCGCUCGAUCCAUUUCAUCGGCAAGAGUGGUAUCAUCUCAACAGAAGCAGAGGCGAGCCGAUAGCUCCACCAAACCAGCCCGGACUGUGUCCACCCCGCUAAAAAGCAAAGUGGACAGCAAACCCGUGAACCAACAACAACGAGAAACUCCAAAGCUGGAUACCCCCACAAGGUUUUCCUCAGCGAGGCCAACCCAACGCGUCAAAUCAUCACAAGAAAAGAAUCAAAUAGCUAAAUCCAAAAGCGCAAAUGUGGCACUGAAUCGCAAAUCGCGUACCCAGGACGUUGCGGGUUUACCGGAGCGCACCACACCAUCUUCGGAGAUUGCCUCGGGGAGGAUCUCGUCUAAGGAGGAUGAAUCUGGGCGUGGUUCCUCCAUGGGGCUUACAAGCACUCCAUCAGGGAUGCUUCUGAUGACUAGUCAGCUCACUCGAGAUAGUCAGCAUCAUUAUAAAGCUGGGCUAGGAGAUUUCUUUCUGGCUGGUCUUGGAGGUGAUGAAGGGGACGCAGCGAGAGAUGAUGAUACGCAACGUGGAGUGACCACAACAACAGAUAAGUUACCGACAUGUUCAUACACAGGUACCAUGCCAGCCUGGCGUCCAGACAGUAGUCUAGCCACACCGACCCUUGGUGAUUCUCUACAACCCUACUCUCCCUCUCCACCUGCCAAGAGCGGACGGCAAUCCCAACGCAGCUCCGGGAAAACCCGCUCACUUAAAGGCGCUCAACCAGCCAAGUCAGCCCCCGAAGCUGAUAACACUAUAUCGUUUGUACUGAGUGAACAUCUACCUGGCAGGAAGAGUACAAAUGGGAAUAAGAACGGAGUCGCCGAUGACAAACGACUUCAAUCCAGACAGAUGAGAGAACCUGAUAGAAGCAGCAGUCGUAUUGAGGUCGAUGGAGAUGAUAUGAGUGUUUAUGACACCACUGGAAAGGAUUACAACGAGAUGGAGGACAAAGAAACAUUGGAGAAACUAACCUGGGAACUGGCUUCUCAAUCUGGAAGGAUAACAGCCGAUGGUUGUCUGACAAGCAUGAACCUCCCUGAUGCAGACGAAGACAUCUAUAGAGAGAACAGUUUCAGUCAAGAUGCGGAGUUGGGGAUCGUAGAUGAUGCAGGGUUAGGGUCAGGGUUAAGUACUCCAUUUGACUUCCUGACAGGGGAGAGUCUUAGCAGAGAAGUUAGUGAUGAAGGGGAAGAUAUGGAAGAGAUGGAGCUACAAAGAUUCACUGCAGAGGUCCAGGCACUCACUUAGACUCUUAAACAUCUUAGAUGGGGAGCUGGGCAUCAUAGAUGAUGCGAGGUUAGGAUCUGGGUUGAGUACUCCAUUUGACUUCCUGACAGGGGAGAGUCUUAUCAGAGAAGUUAGUUAUGAAGGGGAAGAUAUGGAAGAGAUGGAGCUACAAAGAUUCACUGCUGAGGUCCAGGCACUCACUUAGACUCUUAAACAUCUUAGAUGGGGAGCUGGGCAUCAUAGAUGAUGCGAGGUUAGGAUCUGGGUUGAGUACUCCAUUUGACUUCCUGACAGGGGAGAGUCUUAUCAGAGAAGUUAGUUAUGAAGGGGAAGAUAUGGAAGAGAUGGAGCUACAGAGAUUCACUGCUGAGGUCCAGGCACUCACUUAGACUCUUAAACUUCUUAGAUGGGGAGUUGGGCAUCGUACAUGAUGUGGGGUUAGGAUCUGGGUUGAGUACUCCAUUUGACUUCCUGACAGGGGAGAGUCUUAUCAGAGAAGUUAGUUAUGAAGGGGAAGAUAUGGAAGAGAUGGAGCUACAGAGAUUCACUGCUGAGGUCCAGGCACUCACCUAUAUUCAAAGUUAAAUAACUUCUGCUGCAUGUAUUAACCAAAAAGAUUUGCGGGUAAUGUGUUUAUAGACAAUGAGGGAGUUUGCUCUUGGCUGAAUUUGU